AUGUAUGAAAAGCCAGUGGGUGUAAUUAACGUCUACAUUGACGGAUCUUGUAGAGGUAACGGUACCUCUAAUGCAAGGGCUGGUUAUGGUAUCUAUUACCAACGUCACCACCCUAAUAAUGCAUCUAUCCCGUUAGACAAAGUAGAUAAUUUACACUUAAAUAGACCCACCAACCAAAGAGCAGAAUUAUUUGCUUUAAGGCACGCAUUGAGAGAUGCUCGUAAAUUUGCUAAACAGGAUGUUGAAGUUCGAAUUUAUACUGAUUCAAUGUAUGUUAAGAAUUGUAUGGAAGUUUGGAUUCAUAAAUGGAGUAAAAAUAAUUGGAAAAAUGUAAAAGGUGAAACUGUGGCAAAUAAACAAUUAAUUCAAGAAGUAUACCGUACAUAUGCAAGCAUAUGUAAAGGAUACAGUAUUCGUCAUUGGAAUAGAUUUCAGAUUAUCCAUGUUGCUGGUCAUAGUGGAAAUGAUGGAAAUGAUGCUGCCGAUGAACUUGCAAACAGAGCCUGUGAAGAAUGUGGUACAUAUUAA